UUUGUAGACGUGUGCCAAUUUUAAUUUAAAGUAGAUCUUCAUUAAUUCACUAUGAAGAUGAUUUGCAUGUAAUGAACAUGUGAUUUUGACAGCCUAGUAUAAACUCCAGUCUUACUUUUAAUACAGUGUUGUUAAAAGUGACCAAGUGUAAAGUUCAGCAGCUUUAUAAUCUGAGUUCUAAUCCAUUACUGUAAAGCCUAAUGUAGAAACAAUGGGUCUCUCUCUCUCUCUUUCUUUCUCUCUCUCUCUCUCUCUCUCUCUCUCACACACACACACAUAACAGUGGUGUGUGUGUGUGUGUGACUGCAGAUAAUGUUAUGAAAUGCAUCGAAUAGCAGUAUGAGCUUCAUCAUUUAUAACACUGUCGUUUUACUCACUGUACAGACCAGCCUCACAAACUCAGAGAAAAAGAGAGAGGGAGUGUGUGAGAGAGAAGAAGAGAGGGUGAAGCAAGAAGAGGAAGAGAAAGAGUGUAAGAGAAAAUAGCUGUAAAAGAGAGAAGGAGAGAGAGAAGCAGCGAGAUAAGUUUGCAUGUUUUUGUGCUGCAAUGCGUUUUGAGGAAGUUCUAGACGAGGUUGGUGGGUUCCACAGGUUCCAGUUUGUUAUUCUGCACAUUCUGAGUAUCCCGAGGGUCAUUCUGCCCCUCAACUUCCUCCUGCACAACUUCAUCUCUGCUGUUCCGCCACACCACUGCGCCCUGCCUCACCUGGAUGACAGGUAUGCUGACCACACGCCGCAACCCCAGCUCCUUCCCCACGACCCAGACGGUGCCCUCAGCUCAUGCAGGCAGUUCCCUGAGCUGGAGAACUUCAACUCCAGUGGAACCGGUUCUAAUGGAUCAGUGCCCUGUCAGUAUGGCUGGACCUACGACCGAAGGAUCUUCAACUCCACCACCGCCACAGAGUGGGAUUUGGUGUGUGACAGUAAACACCUGAACCAGGCCCUGGCCACCUUUUUCUUCAUGGGUGUGAUGAUGGGAGCAGUGCUGUUUGGUUACCUGGCCGACAGGUUCGGUCGUAAGCCAAUGUUGUUGGUGUCAUUUGUGAGCAGUUGUGUUUUGGGUGUGGCCAUAGCAUUCUCCUCCUCCUUCCUGAUGUUCGCCAUCUGCAGAACGCUGAGCGGAGUCGCACUGACGGGGAUGAGCAUCACCACUCUCGCCCUGAGUAUUGAGUGGACGGGUAUAAAGCACCGGACAUUCAGUGGGACGAUCCUGAGUCUGGGAUGGAGUGUGGGCAACAUGCUGCUCGCCCUCCUCGCCUACCUCCUCAGAGACUGGAGACACCUCAUGCUGGCAGUGACCGCACCCUGCAUACUCGCCAUCGCCACCUGGUGGUGGGUUCCUGAGUCAGCCAGGUGGCUGCUUGUGAAUGGGAGAGUGGAGGAGGCUCAGCGGGUCCUGCAGCAGUGCGCCAAGAUGAACGGCAAGACUUCUAAGCUGGACAAAGAGACAUUGCUCAAAGUCACCAUAAAUGAGGAGCCAAGUAAAGAUCACUCCUACCUUGACCUGGUGAAGACGCCCAAACUAAGAAAGAUUUCCCUCUGCUCAGGAAUUGUCUGGUUUGCUGUUGCGUUCACAUAUUACGGCAUCAGUUUCAACAUCAGCGGUUUUGGCCUGAAUGCCUACCUCACACAGUUCAUCUAUGGCGCCAUUGAAGUUCCCGCCAAAGUGGGCACAUACUUCCUGCUGGACCGUAUUGGCCGGCGAAAUGGUCAGGCGUGGUCACUGAUCCUGUGUGGGAUGUUGAUCGGGGCCAACACUGCCAUACCAAGCGGCUAUUCUGGUGUGCGGACAGGUGUCGCUGUAUGCGGGAAGGGAUUUUCUGAAGCUGCGUUCACCAUCGCCUUCCUUUACACUGCAGAGCUAUUCCCUACUGUAAUCCGACAGUGUGGUUUGGGCUACACCUCCUUCAUGGGUCGUCUGGGUGGCUCCUUGGCCCCAUUGCUCAUAAUGCUGGAUGAUGUAUGGAUCUCCGCCCCCAGUCUGGUGUUCUCUAUCGCCGCUGUUAUUAGCGGGUGCGUAGCAUUCCUGCUGCCUGAAACACUCCGGGUUCGACUCCCCGAAACCAUCCAGGAUGUGGAGGAAGGAAGACACACAAUGGCAGAGGUGGAGAUGAGCGAGAUGAACCCAAACCUUCUAGUGUCCAGAGAGGAGGAAAAUUAACCCAUCUGUAAAAUAAUAGGAUGUGAUGCUGUUUCUGUGGGGCUACAGUGAAGAAUUCCAAAGCUCACGUUUCAUCUUAUCCAUAUAACCCCCUUUUUGGAAUUAUUCUGGAGUUUCUGAAGUGCAGUUACAGACCACCUAGCAAUAACUAGGCGGUCACCUCUAGCCCAAAAGCAACCACAUAACAACAAUGAUAUAAUAUAGCAUAUCAACCACUUAACAGCACUACAGAGAGACCAGCUUCAGUGGAAGCAUAGCUACAUAGUUUAGACAUACCCUUGCAAUCACUUUAAACAGCAUAUGAACCACGUAGCUGACCUUAAAACCAUUUUUAUACAACAUGGAGGUGUAUAAAAAACCAAACUAAAAACACUAAACUAAAAUAAAUGCAAAAAUAAAAGUAUUGAAUUGUUUUUUCUUGGUGUGGACAUUGAAAGGUUAAUAGCCCAGUCCUCUAGGCAGUGAGCCCCCACUGCCCGCAACGAUACCAAGCUAACAACACCCUACAAACCACCUCCAUUACCAUAGCAACCACACAUUGUAGACAUCCCCUUGUAAGCAUCACUCAGCAACACCUAAGCAACCACCUAGACCCCAUUGCACUAGGGUUACCAAAGAUACCAAACAUCUGGCUGCGCCUGCACUUAAACAGCUUCCCCACUCCAGAGUUUUGAUGCCUGGUUAUUUUUUAACUCAACAGAAGCUCAUGCUGUUCCAGGUCAGGCCAAGUUUACAGCAGGUUUAAUAUAUUCAUUAACCAAGGGGUAGUUUACAUGUUUACAGUGCACAAACAGACUGACUGAUUCAGACUGACUGAUUUACGGUGAUUAAAAGGCUGUUUAUCUGGUGCUCUUACUGAAAACUUUUUUGAUAAUAUUUGUAGUAUUUUACCAUUACCUGCAGUCACACUCUGACUAAUCUGUAAGUUUAUUAACAAUGAAUUCUGUGCUUAUUUUUAUCUGUUUUAUAUUGGAUACCAGCAUACAUCUCUGUGAGUGACUUGUGUGGAAUGAUUUUCAUCCGUGAAUUAAUAAAUAAAAAAUAAACAUAAACUGAUUCAAAAA